AUGUCUUCAGAUUUUCGAAUUGAUGACGAAGAAAUCAUAAUCAAAAUAUAGUGCCGUCUUCAUGAACAGAAAUUCUUCCUUAAAACAAAUUUGGUUAUUAGAUUUGGCUUUAUCCAGAGAAUUUUUCAUAGUAGUGGUCGAGUUUUAGCCUGAGCAGAAUUGGAAAAUCUUAUUUUUUGACCCAAAAGCCCACCCUCGUGAAAUUUUUAUGGAAAAAAAAUCUGAUAUAUAAGUGUUUGAUUUUAAACAUUUUUCAUAUAUCCUGAGAGUAGAGAAAGCCUUAUUAGGUGAUGCCAAAUUUAAAAACUAUAACUAACUAAGAUUAAAAUGACAAAGAAAGCCUUUACUACAGCGAUUUUUUAUCACAGUCGUUCUUCUCAAACAAGGUAAAAACUUAUUUUUAUGGAUUUUUUGGGAAUCUGUUUAAAAUCAAAUAUCACAAAAAAACCAAGCAAAAAGUGCAAAUGCUCAAUGAAAUUUUAAUAAAUACUAUUAUGACUUUACAAUUAACAAGCUUAGCAUGGUAUCCUAAUUUAGAUGCCGAAAUGUGGGAUUCUUGUAAAAUUUUUUGAAGUCGAUUAGGAAUUGUGAGCUAUGAUGAGGUUUGUGCUGCUUGAAAUAUUAUGGGAUUUUGCUUUUAUGGAACUGUCGCUUUAUUAGCGAUCUGUUUAGGAUCAUUUUGGGUAUUUGGAACUUAUAACGUCUUUAGAUAGGUUAGAUUAAGAUGUGGAUUUUUCGCCCUAGUUCCUGAACACCCGUGCACUCCACGAUUAGCUUGAGCCCAGGCUGAAAAUCCCUGUUUCUCGGAAGAGGGCAUUUUUCCUGCAUGACCUGAGUCAUACGAACUUUGCCGCGGAUAUCUAUUUUUCAACAAGAAAUCAAUUUACCCAGCCAUUUUCUCUUAGGUAAGAGAGAUGUUGCACUUGAAUUCCUUGCUAACAUAUCUUCCCUUUUUCCCUUGAUUCAGAAUCAAAGGAGAAGCUCAAUGCUUUCGCAAUUUGGGAGAGUCCACAAAGUACCCCAGGCAGGUAAGCUCAACCUACCUCUUUCGGACACCAAGCCUGGGCCUGGGCGCUUCAUGAAAAAAGAUAUAAAAACUGCUGCUCGAGCCAGGCCACUAGCCAGCCGAAAUUGUGCUGGCCUCUCGUUUCUAGGCUAACCCAAUCUUUCGACAGCUCUUUGCGCCAAAAACUAUGCUCGGAUAUACAUAAGGACACAAGGACGUGCCCCUCGUCGUCCAAUUUUAUGCAUAUUGAAACGUCUUUAAUUAAUUUUUUUAAAUUUUUUUUUAUAAAUUAAAAUUGUACGUUAAGAAUUCAAGCACAAUCCAAUUCUAUAUAUAUUUAUUUGAAAAAAGAGCCUCCAACGUUUUUGGCAAGUUUUCCUCAAAAAAUUGCAUUUUUUCUUACUUCAGUUUGUCUUAUCCCAAGUACAAUGAUUUCGCUUACUCUCGUUAUAAAAUAUCACUAAUUUUCUAAAAUAUAUUUUUUUUAUUUUAUUUUAUUAAAUUUUUUUAUAUAUAAAUAAAGUUAUGGUCUUUAAAUAUUCGCUUUGGCCUAAAGAAACAGUCAAAGAAUAUGACGGAAUUUCAUCUGGAGAGACCAUAAAUUUCGGGAUGCCUGGGGUCGUUUUUUCAAUUAUGAGUAUAGGUCUACUAGUGCUUGUAAGCGUUUUUUCAGAGCUUUUUACCUGUGACAUUAAGCAUUCUCAUAGCCAAAAAAAUCUAAAGGCAAGAUCUUCGGCUUCUUUAGACUUUCACAGGAGGUGAUUUUAUAUUUUUAUGUGUUCUGCUUAUAUGGGUUUUGGUGACACAAAUGUAAUAAUCCAUCAAAUUAUUUCUGCUGCAUGAUCUAUAUACUUAUUGAUAAAAAGCUUUAUAGUUUUACAGUAUUAUAAUGUAUUCGAAAACUCAGUUCAAGCAUGUGAGCAAGCUUCGAUUUCGGUUACACUUCUGAUUUUUAUUUUUGGACAGAUAAUGGAUAACGCAGUAAUUAUUGUUAUUCUCAGUAUCUUCCUACAGCCUAUAGUAUUUAUUUUUACUAUUUUAUUGGUCAAAAAAUAUUACUGCAAUUUGCCGAACCGAACAAGCAGAAUAAAUAAUCAAUUUGAUUUUGAAAGAAAAUUUCGAAAUUUUUUAAUUGAUGAAAAUAAGGAAAAUAAAGAUAAAGUUCUAAAUUUAUUUAACUCCCCACUCUCUAAGUGAACAAAACCAUUAGAAAAAUCCUUAUUUUUUGCCUAGAAAACAGCUUGUAUUUUAAACACACAAAUUUCGCAAAUUAAAUUAAAUUUUUUUUAAAAAAAUUUUUUAGAAUUUAUAUAUAAUUGUUUUUAAAAAAACAAAAUUAACCCCCUCCGUGAGCGAACAAGAUUUUUUGCUCGCCCACGGAGGGGAUAGUAAGGAAUAUUGGAAUUCAAGCUUUUUUUAUAAAGAAAAGCUAUUUGUUAUGUGGGAGUUUAAUUAUUGUUUAUAUUUAAAAGAUGAGAGAUUAGCAAGAAUAAAAUUAUCGAAAAUUUCGGCAGUAAAAUCAUCAUUCGAAGGAGAUAUCCAAAAAUGAAGAAUUUUUACAUGGCUAGAAAAUAAAAAGCGCAAGCCAUUUCCUGACAUAAAUUAUUUACAAUAUUUGAAAGAACUAAGCAGGGUUAAAAAAAUUGAUGAAGAACUAUGUCUUAUCUUAAUAGAAUUACAUAAUGAAUUUUUAGCAAGAUCACCAAGAAUAGACAAACUUAUUAAAUUGGUAAUUCGCACAUCAAUAACUGCAAAGCAAACUGCAGAAAGUUAUAAAUCAUUAACAGAAAAACACAAAAAUUUCGAAAGCUAUGACCUAUAUGCAAGUUUUUUAGACAACAUAGCAGGAAAUCAUGACGAGGCAAAUUUAAUCAAUAGAAAGAAAAACAACAUAAGCCACUAUUACAAUCAAAAAAAUGAUGAGCGACUAGAAAAAUAUGGUAAAGGCGUCGGAGUAAUCUUAAUUUCUUGUGCAAAUAAUAAUUUUGGAUCUAUUGUUUACCUCAAUGAAAAAGCUGCUACCAAUCUAAAAUCUUCAGUAUCAAAUAUUUAUGGCGCCUCUAUCUUGAAUUUUAUUCCUGCUCCUUAUGAUAUUUCUCAUGAAAAAAUAAUGAAAAAGUUUAUUUAUGACUGCACAUCAACUCAUAUAUGUUCUCAUCAAGACCUAAUGUUCCAAUGCACUGAUGGAUUUUUUCUUGAAUGUGAUACGCUAAUCAAAUUAACAGCAUUUCAUAACUCAGCCUAUUAUUUGCUAUCAUUUAAGCCAAAAAAGACAUCAAGAGAUAUUGCUUUGAUUUCGGAUGAGGGAUUUAUCAUCUCUCAUUCAAUUUCUUUUCCAUACUGUUUUUCUAAUGAAAAAUGUUUAAAUAAUUGGUCGAUUUCGAAAAUUUUCCCAAAUUUUGGAAACUUGAAGAAAGAUGUUCCUUGGCUCUAUUAAAAAAAUUGUAACUAUUCAUGUAAUGGAUUUUAAUAAUUUUUUUUUAAAAAAAAUAGAAAAUAGCUAUUUUGAAAAUGAUAAUCCCUGAUCUACUUUCCUUGAAAUUUUAACUCACAAUGGAAAAGAAAUUGGGAUUGUAAAUGUAAAAAAAGAUAAAUAAAAUGGCAUUCGGUUCGAGAGAAAUUAGCUUUGCUAAUUUUCUCUCUCUCAUGGAAUUUUAUUUAUGGGGUUAGGUUUUCUCUCGAGAACUUCUGCACAGCAAUAGACGUUUAACUCUGGGGAUAACUAGAGGAACGCCUCCUUAGUGCAUCAAGAGGCUCGGAGUUUUACCUCUCAGCACAUCCCCAUGGGAGGAUGACCCUUAGGCGGAACACGCGCAGGAGCUGAGUCAGGGCGAGGCAUCGGCAACGCGCCGGUGAGAAGUGCAGCAAGACUGGCGACGAAGCUUUGGUACAAGGCUUUGGGCCUGGGCUGACCAGGUUAAUCCAAGAUGGCUCGGUGACAUCACAAGUUUUGCCAAAAGCCCUUUUAUAGGGGCUGCGGCACCGGACACCUUAAAGACCGAAUUAUUAAGUAAGUAAGUAAGUAAAUGUAAAAAAAGAAAAUUAAAUCAAAAACAAUGAAUUUAUUAGUAAUCAUACAUGAUGCUGAAGAGCUAGCCAAAUGAAAAUUAAAUGAAAACGAAGAAUUUAACUCAGAAACAAUUGAUGACAGGCUAAACCUUGAAGAAAAUGAUAUUUCGAUAUUUAAAGAGAUUAAGCAAAGUAACGAAAAAAAGCUUCAGGAUUUUCCGGAUCAAUUAUUUGAAAGAAAAAUGGUAAGAUUAAGAACAAUUCUGCCCCAAAAACUUGGCAGCACCAAUGCUAUUGGAAUAGAUGAAAGCAAAAAAUUUGAAAUGGCCCCAAGCGAUGAGCCCUCAAGGCGCUCUUCAAUAAUUGCAAAUCAAUUACACACAAAAUUUUCAAAAUUAUUGCUUGUCGAGUCCAAACAAAAAAUAAGAAUUUUACAAUUGGUGUUAUUUAUAGCGGUACAAAAUAUUUAGAUGUCCUCAACUCUAGCCUGCGUUAUAGGGAUUUUAGCUUAUAUGAUAACUGACAUAUCACAUACAACAGCUAUGAGCUCUUUUAAUCGUCAAGGAAAACUCCUAUUCAAUUUAGUAUAUAUGGCAGAUUUAGCUAGAACAUUGGAUAAAGGGAAAUUGCUAGGCUCUCCAAAAUAUUUGGAGGACCAUUAUGGUUAUCUUUUAGGUAAUCUUUCACUUGAACUAGAAAAUCUUCAAGGAUACUUACUAGACGAUUUUCGACAGUGAGAUUAUUGCCCAUAUGCAAAAGUAAUCAGUAAGCCAAUUAUACCUCAAUGAAACUUUGAUGGGGCAUAUCCUGAAAUUAUUUUUGAAAAUUUUUAUGAUACGGUGACAGAUUUCAUAUAUUCUGUAUUUUUUAUUUAGGGGACAAAUUUAAUUGAUGACAUAAGAAAUAACAGAAGUUACUCAAAUCAUGUAAAAUUUAUAAUGGCUAAUGGUCUGGGUUAUACUUUUAAUUAUGUAAAUAGGACAAUGAGUGAGAUUGUAAAUUGCGAAGUGGACAGAGUAAAAGAAACAGGAGAAAAAAUAGGAGCUUUAUUAAUGUUUGGAUUUUGCACUGUUGGAGUUUUGGUAUUUAUCGUUGGAGGAUUCAUUUUUUUAGUAUCAAAAAAACACGAUGAAUUUUGAAAUUUUGUGCUUGAAAAAGCUCAGUCUUCAUUAGUUCAACUAAAAGCAUCUUCCAUAGAUCGGCUUUUAAUGGUGCAUGGGCUGGAUUUUCAAUCAGAAACAAAUGCUCAACUUAAAAACUCUCGAAAAAAAAUUCAGUCAAAUUUGUAUAAAAGCUACAUAUGAAGGGUUGCAAUAUUUUUUACAAUUGUUGCUUCGUAUUAUCUAUUGAUUUAUUUCUAUUUAUAUCCAAGUUGUGAAAAAAAUAUGAUAAAUCGGCCAAAAUUCCUAACUCCACUCCAUACUAUUUGUUGUCCAAAACCACCCUCAUUGAAAAUUUUUUAUAAAAAAACUUUCAUAUAUAAGCGAUAAUUAGUAUAAUGAAAUCUCGAUCUAAUUCUAUUUAAUUUUAAAACAUAAAUUUUACAAAUUAAAUAAAUGUUGCUUUCCAAUUUUUUUGCGAAUUUGGAUUUUUUUAAAUUGAAAAAAAAUUAUUAUUAUAAAAUUUAUUACAAAAAAUUUACUCACCCCCAUCGUGUGAGUGAACAGAAAAUUUUUAUUCGCUCAUGGGGUUAAUUAAAAAAGUUAUAUAUAAAUUUUAGAAAAUAUUUUUUUUUCGAAAUUUAAAAAAAAUCCAAAUUCGCAAAAAUUGGAAAGUAAGUAUUUAUUUAAUUUGUAAAAUUUAUGUUUUAAAAUGCAAGCUGGUUAAAAUAAGCAGAAUUAGCUAAUGAUUUCAUUCUAAUAAUAAUCACUUGUAUAUCGAUUUUUUUUCAUAAAAUAUUUUUUUUCACUCACGGAGGGUGGAUUUUUAGGCAAAAAAUAGGGAUUUUCUAAUGGUUUUGCUAGCGAAGUUUUUUGCUCGCUCGGGGGAGUAAGCAAUUUCAAUAUUAGAAGAUCUUUACUUUCAAGACUUACAGUAUGGGCAAGAGAGAUAAAUGUGCCUUAUCUAAUUAAACUUUUGCCUUAUCCCUACCUUUUCCCCAAUCCUUCUAGUUUAUUGCUAUCAACCUUGGACGAAUUAAAUAAAAAAUCUAAAGAAAUUGUGGAGUCUGAUUUUGUAGCUCUCAUGUCUGAAGAAUUAAGAGAGAGAGUAUUUGAAAAAGGAAAUUCAACGAUCAAUAGGCUUUACUCUGGAACUCAGCCUGCAGUGACUAUUAUUAAAGAUGAUAUUUAUAAUAUUUUAUCUUGAAAUAUUCAAUAUUAUUUAGCUGAAAUCGUUUCUCUUUUAAACAAAGUAGCAGAGAUUGAAAAUGAAAUUGGAAAUGAGUUUGAAUUAGCUGAUAGAGACUCAAAAAAUAUUAUAAAUUGGCAACUUAAUGCUAUAAUUCUUACUACAGCUAUUUAUUCAUUUGCCGUUGUUUUACUUUAUUUCUUUUAUUAUUUGCCAUAUUUAAAGAAGCAAAUAAAGCAGUUGGAGAUGUAUGAAAUUUUACCAACGAUUUUAACAAUGGAGUCUUCUUAA